AUGAGGGAGGGUGUUUGUUAUGCUCCUCCAUUACAAGCGGGGGGUCGAAGUUAUGUUAAAAUUGUGUUAAGUGAUAUUACGUUAUUGGGUAUGCUGCCUACCAUAUGGGGGUCAACUAAGAAAAUCUCAGGGCAUGAUGCCGAUAGAACCGCCGAAGUUAAGCCAACAAAUAUUAAGUAUGCAAAGAGAUUAAAGGAAUGUCAGGUAUGCGGCCUGGAAAAUGCAGCAGCUAAAAAAGUAUGCCCAUGUGGUAACAAAAUUGAAAAAAAAGGAAGAACGUUAGAAAGUUACAUUCCGAAGGGCAAAGUAAACAGCUACUUGCAAAAGCAAAUUAUUCAUGGAAGAUUACUUGGUCUCCAUGAAAAAGAGGGCCAUCAUGCGAUUGUUUUAUAUAUAAAAAAAGGCGAAAGCAACAUCACCAUGGAUCAAUAUGCGACUCCUGGUUUUGCUACCCAGUACCUCGAAGGAACUGCCAGUGAUUCCUUGGGAAGCUUACUGAAGCAGUCAUUUAGGAAUAAUUUUGAGGCAUAUUUAUCUACGACCUUAAAAACAGCAGUACAAGAACCCUGUAGAAUUCCAUCUGCUGCUGAACGAAUUAAUAAUGUUUCUACUGAUAACCCUACAAUGCAGCACACUGGGAAGUCAAUGCAGGAAAGUACUUCAGAAGCGAGCUUUGUCAUUCAUCCUUCUGAACUGAAUUUAAAAACAACUGUGGAGAAUAAUAGUACUGAAGAAACUUCUAUAAGCCAUUGCAAUAUAGAGAAUCGUAUCUCAAUCGUGCCUGGCCUUUUUGAAAUCCCAAAGGAAGACUUACAUCCAGGAGAUGUUGUUGCCGUUUAUGCAUCACCAGAGUCUGGUGACCAUUUUUGGCUUACCAGGCUUAUUUCAGUUGGAAAAACAGUGGAUGGAAUAUGGUUUAAUAAAAUAGAAAGUAUUUACAAAUCUGGUGAUAAAUGCAAACUUUUUUGGAAAAAUAUUGUUAGACCAAAGAAAGUAUUUUCACGUUUAUAUAUAAUAAAACUGAAAGAACAAAGUGGAAAUUUUGAACUAAGCAAAGAAUGUAAUGAUUUUUUGCUUAGUUUAUGCUCCUAAUUUUUCAUUGUUUAACUUUUUCUUUUAAUAUAUAUUCAUAGUUACUGAAUCUGAUAAGAUGUGGGUUAAACUUUUCAACUGACCAAUUAAAAACAUAU